UUGUUGCCGGUGCCACGCAGCCGGGCGCGAGCAGCGUGGGCUCGGAGCUCGCGGUCACCGCCGCACGCGAAGUACGAUGCCGACUCGAACCGAAGAAGCGGCGGCCGUUCAGCGCAAGUCCCCGCGUUAAGCGCUGCGGAGGCCCAACAAAGGUCAGUGGCCUCGGUAGACCUCCGCAGGGUUUGCCUCUGACUCCUCCCUUACGACGGUCGCGACCGCGCCGCACUACUUUCGAAAAACAUGGCCGCUCCUGGUGGACCGCCCCGGGUUCCAGCCCCGUUUUAUCCCCCGGGACCGCCGGGCGCCGCCCCCGGCGUGCGGCCCGGUUUCCCGAUGCGGCCCACCGGACCGAUGCCUCCCGGUACCUCGCCUGGUCGGGGUCUACAACCUCCCGGUGUCGUUCCUGGCCGGGGUUUUCAGCCAGGCGCCUCCCCUGGCCGGGGUUUUCCCGUCGGAGGAUUCCCUGGAAGGGGUAUGGCUCCUGGUGCCUCGCCUGGAAGGGGUAUGCCUCCUGGUGCCUCGCCUGGAAGGGGUAUGCCUCCUGGUGCCUCGCCUGGAAGGGGUAUGGCCCCUGGUGGCUCGCCGAUGCGACCCGGCUUCCUGCCAGGUCCACCGACGGGCUUCAUGCCUCCCCGUCCGCCGGGCUACUUACCGCCACCCCCGCCGCCCCUGCCGGGGCUUGAGGGAACGCCCGAGGGUGGCGCACUGCCGCCGCCGCCGCCGCCGCCGCCGCCGGCCGCGCCCGCCGGCUCCGCCGACCCCGACCGAGAAGCGCUCGUUAAGAGAUCCAAAGAGGAGCUGCAGCAGCUCAUCUCCAAAAAGCUCGAGGCUUGGGACAAACUGGCGCUGUCCAAGGAGAACGAGGAACGAGUUGACGCUUUGCGGAAGUUCAUGACAAUUAACAAGGACGAACUCGAACUUGCGGGCAAGGUAGGUCCGAAAGACAAGCUCGUUGAGAUGAUGGACACAAGACUAAAGCUGGCAAAAGACACCAUAGAUGAGAUAAAUGCCGAGAUAAAGAAAGAAACUGCCGAUAGGCUCAAGACUCUUGACAAAUGGGAGAAAGGUGCCAUUCAAGACAUCAAGAAACUUAACCGAAUGGAGUCGGAGCUGGCUAUGCGUUUGUCGAAAAGAGGACGGGGUCUUGAGCCUAGAUCAUCAAUGGGCCAGAUGGACGAUACGGAAGGAGACAUGGAUGACAUGGACAGAGGCUGGGACCGUGGACGCGAGAGGGAUAUGGAUCGGAGUCGAGAUCGGUAUCGUGACCGAGACCGUGACAAAGAUCGUGACAGAGACCGUGAUAGAGACCAUGACAGCGACAGGGACCACGAUAGGGACCGUGACAGGGACCGUGACAGAGACCGCGAGGACCGCGACAGAGAUCGUGACAGAGACCGAGAUCGCGACAGGUCACGAGACCGGGGUAGAGAUGGUGAUAAGAGACGUCAGAGCGACGUAGACCGACAAAAGGGAAAGGAAGCAACCGAGAAGCAGAAGAAAGGGUCACAAGAAAGAGUAAAAGGAAAAGUGCAACGAGUGAGCAUGAUAGAACUUGAGACAGGGGAUUCACAGGUGUGUGACGACAACCUGCUGAAGUUGCACGAGCUAGAAUUUAGAAUUGCCAAUGACAUGCUCAAAGGUAAAUACAAAGGCAAGAAAGGCCGCGAACUUACUUCGAAAGAACUUAAGGAAAAACUACGCAGGUUGUGUGACCUGGAAGUUCAGAUUGCAGAUGAACUAUUCGGCCAGGAAUCCGAAGCAUCAGGAACUAUGGAUGUUGAAGGCACCAUCACGAAGACUACCCUCAAGCGCUCGCCCGGCGAGAGGGAAAGACGAGACAGCCGUGACGUGGAUCGAGAUUCAGACAGAAGAGACUUCUACGAACGCAGGGACUACUAUGAUCGUCGUGACUAUCCACCAGAAUACGUGGAUCAGUACGGCGGUCAAAUGGAUUAUGCUCCGGCGGAGUUCCGUGCUGACUACAGACAGAUGACAACAACGAUGCAACCGCCGACGCAGCCCAUGCCUCAGAUGCAGCCUAUGCCUCCGAUGCAACCGAUGCCUCAGAUGCAACCUAUGCAACCGAUGCAACCGAUGCCACAGAUGCAGCCUUUGCCACAGCCACCACCCGUAAUACCUCAGCCAAUGACACAAACAGUAAUUCAACGAAGUAGUCCGGGACCUACCCUGGGAGCAGUUGAAGAAAUUGGUAACGACCUGGUUCGCCACCAGGAAAAUAUCGAAGUGUCCGGUGAAUCUGGUGUUCAGGUAAUCAAGCACACCACGCACUCGGAGUUAAUCCGCUGCGGAUCGGCGGAGCCUCACGCCAUGCGGAUUCCAUCCAAGCCAGCUUUUUCUGUUGAGAGCAUGGAUCCCGGGCGAAAACCCAUCGUGGCUACUUUCGAGCAGGUAGCUGACGAUCAGCAGACUGUCGUGAAGCUCAAGACUGCCAUCGACAUUGAGAUUAUACCACAAGGCGCCAAGCAGCCUAUGUCCAUGGCAGAGAAGACUGAGGUACUGACGCGCUCUAAAGCUGAAGAGACCGAGGAGGAGGAACCACCACCUCCCCCUCCAAGGAAAAAGCGCUCCAGGGAAGCUCAGCGGGCACGUUCCCCGAGCGCAGUCCGGUCGCCGAGCCCUCCCGUGAUCGAAGAAGAGGAUGAAGACGAUGACGAUGAACCGUCGGGGCCGCGCAUCCCGGAGCUAGCCGACCGCCGCGUGACCACUGAUGACGAAAUUCCGCCGGGACCGUCCUUCUGGCAGUGGAUCUGCCAAAGCAUAUACUCUCCCCGAGGAGGAGCUCGUUGCAACGUGACCGCCGAACGGCAAGACCGGCCAAUGCCCCAGAAUCGGGGCCGAUCGCGGAGUCGGGACCGCGAUGAGAGGGUCCGCGAGAAAGAGGAAGAGUUGCGCCAGCUGAUCGACAGCGUCAUCAAGGUUUCUCAAGAUGUCAUCCUCGCCCGGCGCGCCAUUGAGCUCGGCGGCGUCGGCGAGGACCGUUGCUUGGGCAACAUGCUGGAAGCCGAGGGCAAGUUGCGCAACUUAAUCGACCUGGAGAUGAGACUGGCAAAUGAGCUCUCCAACUUCAGAAACUCUGACAUGGUAGCCAACGAAGAGUCGCGUAUAAGCGUACUCAACGCUGAAGAGAAAAUCCGUCAGUUGAUCGACGUCGAGUCUCGUCUAGCUGAAGGCUUCGUAGCCGAGCGCAAGUCCUCAGUCAAGUCCAAGAUCUCCGAUGCCAUGUCUGAAGGCGCCCUGCGCAGCUUCGCCUUUGAAGAAACAGCUCACGGCACAGAAGUGCGUGGGAUGCCGAAGAAUGUGCCGAAGAGGCCUCGCAAGCUACUACCUCAUAUGCUUCCAGACAGUGCACCCGGACGGAAGGCCAAGGCCGCUGACGAUGAGAGCCGAAAAUGCCGGCGCAAGAAGGGUGCUGACACGGACGACGACAAUGAGCCGGACGAGCGGCGCAGCUCGCGACCGGCGCGGCCCAGGUCCCGGCGGCGGGAUGAUGCGGCGGAGGAGGACGGGAUGCGGACGCCGCGCCGCAGGAUCCGGGAGCAGGACAUCGACUUGAGGGUGAGACGACCCAAGCCGAGAAGUCGAUUGCAGCAGGUCGAGGACGAAGAUUCCUCCUGGGUGCGACGAGGCAGUCCAGCGCUCCGCAGACGCCGGGACCAGGACCGGUCACCCAAGAGGCGUGGGAGCCCGAACAAGUCGACGCACAGGCAGCUGAUCAAGGUCCAGGAAGGCGUGCCCGUCAAAAUCAGCCUCAGCGGAAAGAUGCUCGAAGGAAAGAAAAGGCGUUCCAAGUCAGGUGACAAUUUUGCGGAGGCGGCGCCAGACACUACGCGGAAGAGCGCCAUUUCUGUGACCGAGGUAUCGUCAUCUAUCUCCAUCACCGACUCCCUCACGGAAGCCACGACAGUGGUGCAGAAAUCUUCGAGCGAUGGCACCAUCAUCGGCAAGCGCUCCAUAACGUUCGGAACUCCACGAACCAGACCUGCCAAGGCGCGCACGCCCUCCAGCGGUGCCCGUUCGGGCAAGGGCUCUAGCCAGGUUUCCGUGCUGACUGUGUCCAUUAGUGACAGUGAGGACGUCGAUCCCCGUGGACCACCACAAUCCAGGAGAGCGCGUGCUGUACUGGCACCAAGGUCGCGGCCGGAGAGCCCCCCAUGGACAUCAACGCGGCCAACACAGCACGUGACGCGGUCGUGCAGCCGCCACCUCGCCAUGCAGAGGGCGGCGCAGAUGCGCGGCUAUUCUAGAAGCCCUUCGCCUAAGCCCGGCUACUCGUUGGCACCGGGGCGCAUGUACUCGGCAAGCCCUACACGUGUGCGCAGUCCCAUGCGUGUGCCGAGCCCUCGGAGGACGGUGUUUCAAGUGGUGGACGAGAGCGCCUACUACGCCGAGCCAGUGGUUCGCGACCGCGCACGCCUUCUGCGUCGCGAAGACCAACGCUUCCAGAUGAGCGCUGACGAUCCAAAGCCUCAGCGCGACGGCAAAUGGCACGAGCCGAAGCUUCGUGUGAGCUACGCGGCUCGUGUGCCAUCCCGUGGCAGCCAUUCAGAGAGUUCUCUCAGCUGCAGCGUGUCCUCAAAAACAGCACUGGACUACGAGCGGGGCGAUAGCCCACCAGGAUAUUAUCGGACCGCUUCCCAGCUCGAUCGAUACCGUGAACCAUCGGGGGCAAAGUCGUACAGUUCGACCCCACAACUUUGUUACGAGGAAUCGCCUUCGAGAGCAUAUCGCGAUCAUUCACCUAUGAGAGGUUACGUGGAAGGAUUUCGAAAUGCUUCUGGUGUAACCACACACGGCCGUGACGCUUCACUGUCAAGAAUCAGCGGAUACUCAUCGCCGAAAGCAGGCCAUCAGGGCUCGACUGGAAAAAUGCUAGUCAGCGUCAGCUCCUCGAGACUAGUCCGUAGCGCGUCCCUCCCCAGAGACAGCCCUAGCACCUCCUCUCCGAGGGUCUCUCGUAGAGGCUCUCCUUCAAGACUCGCUCGUGAGGCCAGUGCUCUCAGAGGCGCACGAAGCACAUCACCUCGUCAAAGUCGCAGUACGUCCCCCCGGAAACCAGAUGCGUCGCUAGCAAGAAUAAAGGUUCGAGCUGCGUCAUCGUUGCAUCUUGGUUAUGAGACAUCAUCAUCUCGUACGGAAAGUUCACGCAGAGUGGCCCGGGGAGCCUCUCCGGAUUGGCUCGAAGGUAAUGGUUUGUUCCCGAAUGGGCCUUUGUCCCCGCCACCACCAAAACCCCCAGUGCCUCCACCAAUGCCACCUCCUAAAGGUUUCUCAAUGGGACCGCUUGGUUUCGAGAGCACAAGCACAUCAGCUUCAGCCAUACGUAUAACCAUGUCCCCACCUCCCAUGCCCCCUGUCCCGCCCAUGUUGCCGCCUCCAACACCAACUGAAAUAGCAGGUUUGCAGGCUGGAACGAUAACGAUGAAAGAUCUCGGACGACAGGCAAGUUCCUCCCAGCAUGAGCUGUGCGCCGCGGAACUUCAGCGUCAGAUACGGGAGAAGCAGCAACUUCAACUUGAGCAACUGCUUCAACUUCAACAAACGCAGGAUUUUCAUCCACUGCAGGAUGUCGAUCAACAGCAGUUGCAGCAGCAACUUCAAGAGCUGCAGAAUGUUCUGCAACAACAAGAAGGUGCACCGGUACUCCAGGUGCAAUUUCAAAGCCCGGCUGAUCCAUCCGGGAAGCCUUCAACGCCGUUAGCUCAGUCUGUGCUUCAAGUGCAGUUUCAAAGUCCAUCACAGCCAGUGCCUCAAGUUUUUCAAGCUCAAAUCCCGACACCAGCAGAGAGCCCCGGUGUGAUACAAGUUCAGCUCCAAAGUCCAAUGGUACCUUCGGAACCACAGCAGCUUCAGAGUGCCAUGGAUUUUUCUGCGCUGACGGGAACUUCGCAAGUUGACCAGCUCGGAGUCCUCCAGAGUCCUUUAGAACCAAAAAGCACAGCAUCGGAUCAAGCAGGACUGUUUCAGAUGCAACUGCAAGGGUUAAUGGAUUUUUCUCAACAGCCACUCGCACAGUUACAACAAUCUGAUCAACUUGGAGCAAUGCAAGCACAGCUGCAAUUUCACAGUCCAUCAACGGCUUCUAUGGGGUUCAUUGGCGAACAGACGGCGCAAGCUUGCCAGCUUGACCAGUCAUUCCUGCAACAAUCAACGCCACAAAUGGAUUUUAGCGGUCAGAUAAUGCCUCAAGUCCAUGUGGCCGGUUCGGCAAUGCCGCAAAUUGGAUCUCCAUAUCAAACAAUGUCCCAGAUUCAGCUGUCGAUGCAGCAAACUGGAUUUCCUGGUCAGCAAGUAUCUCAUGGUCAACAGCCAGAUCAGUUGUUUCUUCAAAUGCAGGCACAAAGUCCACUGAUGCCUUCAGUAGACUUCUCCAACCAGCCAUUGCUGCAGCCUCCUUUUCCAUGUCAGCAAAUGUCGCAAGAGCAAGAACUUGCCCAGAAUAUACUUCUAGAACAACAGAAAAGGCAAUUCUCACUGCAAAUGAAUCUCGGAACGUCCUCGAUGUCUAACCAGUUAUUUAACCAAACACCACCACAAGAACUUCCGUUCAGCCAUGGAAUGCCUCGAAGGGUAGCACCAAGUCCUUCAGUGAAAAUUUUGAAUGAAAUGAUGCAGGAAGGUCUACUUGCUAGUCGAUCAUCGCCGCAGGUUCGGCAGAGAUCCCAACCACACACUGUAGUCAUGUUUCAGAAGUCUGAUCGGGAUAUUCGCCUUCCUCGACAAGAGAAGACGCCACAGCCAAGGAGUAGCGAACCGCGCAUGCCGCGUUUUCCGUGGUGCAGCCCCGAGGAAAUGGGGAAACGGCCGCCCUUCUGGUGUACACCUCAGCGAAGGCCGCCACCCUCAGAUACUUUCCCGCAUGCGCUAUCACCACAUACGCCUUCCAGAGCGGAGGUGUACCCUGAAAUGAUUUUUGGAUCGCCGCUUAUGCGUUUUCCUGGACCAUUUAUGAUGCCUAUGCCUUCGCCUAUACUACCCAGGAGACUUCCGGGGGCUCACCAAAGCUUCUUGCGCCAUGUCCGUUCCCAGGGCGGACCUCGUGAAUCCACUCCACAACUGGUGCAGCGAUCAGAGCAGCCUAAAACGCCUCAGAUGCAGCAGCCACCACAAACGCAGCCGUCACCACAAUCACAGCCGUCGCAGUCACCGAAACAGAAGCUGUCGAAGCCAUCGCAGUCAUCGCAAUCCCCGCAGUCAACAAAGCCUCCGCAGCCUGCGCAAACACCGCAGCAGCAACAGCAACAGCAGCCUCCGCAGGAGCAGCAGCAACAGCCGAAACAAGUUCACCAAAAGCUCCAGGAAACAGCGCAAAAUAGUGAGCCGUGUAUGCAGCAGAUUCCGCUACCUGUGACAGGCUACGAACCUACAAUGCAAGGGCCUCCGCUUCCGAGGUUUCCGUUCGGUAUGCAGCGACCUCGCUCGUGCACACCUCUCAGAACACCAUCUCCUCUUUCACCGAGACCCCCCUCCCCGUCGUUCAGUCCUCGGUCGCCGCCACCGCGGUUUCCCGACUUGCGUCAGCUUGAAUUCCAGACAAGGCUGCAGCAGCAGAUCUUAGACCAACAGCAGCAGCAAAUGCAGGAGCAAAUGAUGGCCGCAGCGCGCCUACAAUGUCCACCAAGGCCGCCAAGAAGUCCCGCUAGCCCAAUCCCAAUGCACCGAAGCUCGCCCAAUCUUUUGCCCCCGUAUGGACAACAAAUGUUCAUGCAACAGCAGAUGCAAGAACAGUACCGUAUGCAAAGAAUGCAGCAAGCCAAUCAGAUUAAUCGUCUUCGGGACAUGGGAAGCGGUACUGAUGGCGGAGGUUACUUGCGCCGAAAGAUGCUCAGCGGUACAAAAAGCAGCUUGCCUGACAUGGUCAGUCCGUCAGAUUAUGGCAAUACUACUAUCAACACAAAAUCAUUGGCAGCUGCAUCAAACAUGAUAGAAAAAAGGAAGCCACCGCCGCUCCCACCGCACAUGCAUGCGCACCCACAUGCACAUAGGAAACAGAACUAUCGGCAUACUGCAAUCGAAACGAGAAUGCGCAAUUCUCAAACUGAGAUGGUUGUUUAUUUUGUAGUGUUACUAGCCACAAUAAUUGGUCUCUGGACGGUAUUGGACAUUUACGGACGACGUACUGCUGUGCACUCAUUAAAUGGAAGUUACAUAGCAAUUCCCAACGCUACCAUGAAGGGUUUCAGAGACGGCUCAGGCCAGAACGGCGUUCCUGUCAACGUAAGCGGGCAACCUGGAUUUGAGCUAUGUAGUUCAUCAGCAUGCCUAGCCGAAGGCAGCUACGUGUCGCACCAGCUAAACUGGAACGUGAACCCCUGUGAAAGCAUGUACGAGUUCGUAUGUUCGAACAGCCCGGUCAAACCAGCUGAUGAAUUGCUUCUGUCCGACAUGGAAAUUUCGCUGCUGCGCAAGCUUCGAGGUACAUCCACUUCAGGUAGCCCUGCAACGAAGCUUAUACAAGACCUCUGGAAGGAGUGCCUAGAUCAAGAGACACGCAAUCGCCUAGGUUGGGGCCCCCUGAAGCACAUGUUCAAGGCUACAUCAUUGGCAGACUGGCCGUACCAGCAGUUCACCACACAAGGAGAGCCCGCUAUCUGGCAGGCCGCGGCUCGCGCACUGCGCUACUUCGGCUUGGCCACGCUAGUUUUGUUAGAGCCCAGUGAACACCCUUUGUUGGGACGCAGCCCUCUGCUGGCCUUGGACAAGCCCGUUCUGCUGAUGCGCCCGGGAAAUGACAGCUCCUGGUACUACGAAGCAAUUUCCUUGGCCCUAUCUUCAGUAGCUCGCAAGAGUGUUGCCAAACACUCGAUAGCCCUGGAGGUGACAAACUUCGCGCGGCAGCUGGCAAGCGUUGUGCGGUCGCCUGGAGCAUCGGGAGACUUGGGCCGUGACACCAAGCUGGAGCGCCUCCGCAGUGUGCCUCGCUACCGGGCAUUGCUGGCGGGCUUCCUGCAGAAUGACAGCCACGUGAACGAUGACACUGAGCUCCUCCUGAGGGCGCCAGAGUACGCUAUCCGCCUAGGCUACCUGCUGGAUGACACGGCGCCGCACGUGGUGUUGAACUACAUCGGGUUCCGGCUGCUGGUUCACGUGUCGCCGUUUGUUCCCGAGUCGCUGCGCAAGCUGGUGCCUCUGCGGGCUCGGCAGCUGGGACUGGGCGAUCGUGGCCCGGGACAGUUGGUGUGCCUGCGUGCUGUCGAGCAAGCGCUACCCACGCUUUUCUACCGCGCGGCGUACGAGUUGCACCGGCCACUGCUGGACGCACUGCUUGCGGCCGACCUGGGCAGCGUGCUGAAGCAGGCGUUCGCGUCACGGCUGGCACUCCUGCGCUGGCUGGACGGCGAGACGCGCGACCGUGCUCUACAGAGGCUUCACCAGCUCGAGCCUCGUCUGUUGUUCCCACCGUGGGUGACCGACACAGCGAAGGCAGAGCACGACGUUCGCCAGGCGCCACACGUGAUCGUGGGCGAAGGCCUCCGAUCGUACGCACGCAUCACCAAGUAUCUGAUGCAUCGCCGGCUGCAGAGCGCUGACCCGUGGCUCGGCCAGCCGCCUUCAGACGACCAGUGCUGGCUAGGUCCCGGUCGCCGCAUCCUCUACGUACCACUGACGGCACUGAAUGCGAGUGCGCCGGCUCAGGAGCCCUUCGUGUUGUUGCAGCUGGCGCGGCUGGGCGAACGGGCGGCGCGCUGCCUCGUACGCCUGGUCCUGGACGGUGCCGGCAGCCGUGCCGAGGACCCGCGAGCAUGGUGGACGCCUGCGGCGCGCCAGGGUCUCGCGGAGCUGCGCAAGUGCUACGCGCUGCAGAGCCGCGGCGACCGGCCCGCCGCCGCCGAGGAGAGCGCCGCCCUGGUCGUGGCUCACACCGCCUUCGAGGCACGCAUGCCGGCGCUCGACUUCCGGCUCGAAAACGCGGUCUCCAUGUCCCUGGACCAACUCUUCUUCAUCCACUACACGCUCGGACACUGCACCGCCGACUCCGAUGUGGCGCGACGCGUCAAUUUGGCCCUGCUCAACUUCGGCGGUUUCCAGCGAGCGUUCACUUGCGACGCUGGCACUCCGAUGAACCCACGCAAGAACUGUGACUUCUGGUGAAUGGUCCCGGUGCGCGGCCGAAAAUUUUUCCUGGGGCUGGCGAGCUGGCCGCGAGUUCUAUAAAGCAUGUGCCCUCACUUGUUCCUUGUUACAACGCGUGGUAAUCGACUGCGCCGGAAGUCGGCCACACGUACACACAAGCUAACAUGUGCACCAGGCAUAUGCAGUGGCCUUUUUGCAAUUGUACGUGAGAAAAAUUUUUUUUUUUUGCAUGUGUGUUCAAAGGGCUUCAGAACGGGGUUGGUUAUUGCGAAUAAAGUUUGUGUCGGGUGGGUCAGA